CUCAGCUCAGCUCUCAGCCAAGGCCCUUCCUGGCAAGAUGAAUCCUGCCGGCUUCUUCCUCCUUACAGUGCUCCUGGUUCUGGUGACAGAAACAGCUUCAAGGAAAACCCGUGAAAAAUUCUCACAAGCAUCUGACGACAACAUUGAUCUAAAGGCCCUGGGGGGCAGUGGAGGAUCCAGUUCUUCCCACGAUGAGUACAGCCGCAGUGAGAGCUCAUGGAACUCCUUUAAGUCAAAAAGUCCGAAAGCCGUCAUCAGCAGCGAGGAAGUCUAUGAGGAAAGGAAGCAUAAACAGCGUAGUGGGGACAGCAGUGAUGACAGGGCAGGCGAAUCUUCCGGGGAAAUGGAGCACUUCCUACGGCGAAAGGAGAAGCAGCGGUUUGGACAAGAAAUUAAUAAGUGAUACAGCUAUGGACCAGCUGAAAGCCUGCAUC